UCAUGCUGAAGUUGGGCACUUGGAGAGCUCUGCGCACUGCGAAGGGAGGCACGAAGGGAUACGGAGGAGUCUCCAGUCCUUCUUCAGGUCUUGUUCGUCCUUAAAGGAGCUGGCAGCGGACAUGCCCAGACCAGUACACCGUCACUGAGGACCGGGGAUUCAGCUCUUCGCCUGGUUUAAACUGGCUAGAAUGAACGGAACCGCAGACAUCUGCAACCACUGCCGGAACAUGAUCAGAGAAAAGGAAAAAGGAAUGAAGAUGUCAAGACUCAUAUCAACAGGACCAAGUUCAUUUAUUCCAGAAAAUGAGAUCAUAGGAGCCAUACCUCUGAAUGACUCGACGGUGAUGUUCUUAGAAGAAGAGUUCAGCGGUCGUAUGGACAACCUGACGCAGGUGAUGGGCCUCCACCCGCACUAUCUGCAAGCGUUCCUUCGCUGCCACUAUUACCUCUUGAGGAUGGACGGCCCCCUACCACUCCACUACAGGCAUUAUAUCGCUAUAAUGGCUGCAGCGCGGCAUCAGUGCUCCGCGCUGGUCUGUCAGCAUGUGCAAGAGUUUGAGCAGAUAGGCGUGUGUUCUGAUUGGCUGAGAGGUCUGGAGUUCUGCCCACAACGACUUCGCAACCUCAACGAGAUAAACAAGAUCCUUGCACACAGACCUUGGCUUAUUACCAAGCAACACAUACAGGCUCUGGUGAAGACAGGAGAACAUAGCUGGUCUUUGGCAGAGCUGGUUCAUGCUGUCGUACUGCUGGCUCAUUUCCAUGCCUUGGCUAGUUUUGUGUUUGGUAGCGGUGUCAACCCUGACCCUGAGGUCACAGAGGUCAACGGGGUCACGGAUGACCUUUGCCCUCCGGCCAUGGCGGGUUUAUGCACCUGCCACCUAACAAACAGCAACCGAGCCAACAGGAACCCCCUGCAUAACCCUGACACUGGGAGUGAGCUGGAAGCUCUGAUGGAGAGAAUGAAGCGAUUGUUGGAGGAAAGAGAAGAUGAUGAUGCAUCAGAGGAGGAGAUGUUCACUCGUUUUGAGAAAGAAAAGAAAGAGAGUCUUCUAGUGGUGUCAGCAGGGUUUGAUGAGGAAGUGGUGCCUCCUUCUCCCGUGGCUCGGUUUGUAGACGACCCGUCAUUUGGAUACCAAGACUUUGCGCGACAUGGAGAAGACAACCCACCCACUUUUAAAGCACAAGACUACUCAUGGGAGGAUCAUGGCUUCUCUCUAGUGAACAGGUUGUACUCUGACAUUGGUCACCUAUUGGAUGAUAAGUUCAGAACAGCGUGUGAUCUGACCUAUUACAACAUGGCCAGUCACGAGGGGGUGGACACCAGCAUGCUGCGCAGGGCUCUCUUCAACUACGUCCACUGCAUGUAUGGAAUAAGGUAUGAUGACUAUGACUAUGGUGAAGUGAAUCAGUUGUUGGAACGCAGUCUGAAGGUUUACAUUAAAACAGUGACGUGUUAUCCAGAGAGAACCACCCGCCGCAUGUACGAGAGCUACUGGCACCAGUUCAGACACUCCGAGAAGGUUCAUGUGAAUUUGCUUCUAAUGGAGGCACGAAUGCAGGCAGAGCUGCUCUAUGCUUUGAGAGCCAUCACUCAUUAUAUGACCUGACCAAUCAGAUGCCACCAUUUAUAUGACCUGACCAAUUAGACUUCAUCUUUUAGGUGAUCUCAAACCACACCCACAAUAUAUGACCAUCAUUACACUUAAAUUUAACCAAAAGUGUUUUUCCAUCAUGGUACAUGUCGUUAGCAAUUACGUUUGCAUACAGUUUUGAAUUUUUACCACUGUGUCCACAGUGUAUACUUUUUCUUAGACUGUUCAGAAUGAAGGACACUAAAUACAGGGCAUUCUGGCUAUAAUCCCAAACAUCAAAAUGGGAUAUAAUGACAUGUUCAAAUACACUGUCAUUUAGAAUUGUGGGUGAGCAGUCAUGACUUUUAUAGGAUUAAACUAUAAUCCUUAAUGGUCAGACAAAACAUUAAAAACAGAAUCCUUGGACUUGACCUGAUCAAUCAGACGACAUCAUUUCUGACAUCAUGACUUGACGAAUCACAUGUUAACGUGCAAUAUUUUCUCACUGAAAUCUCACUUAUACUGUAAGCUUAAAUACUGGAGGACUGAGUUCACAUUUUUGAAACAGGAAGUUGUCAUUAUUUUCUUUUUUUGCACAUCUGAGAAGAACUGUAUUUUGCAACAGAAUAAGUUUUCCUUUUGUAAAAUCAUCAUAAAUGACAAUAACAGAAUGUGAGACUCCUGUAUGGAGAGAAAAAGUCUCUUUCUUUUUUCUUUCUUUCUUUUUUAAAAUCCCUGUGCCUAUUGUCUUUCAUGUACUUUGUUUGUUUCACAUUGAAUGUAUUGUUUCGAUUUUUUGCAGUUUUUGUUUCUAGGCUUUUCAGAUCAAUUUGGUUUGGUUUAGUUUGUUUGCCUGGAAACUAAAGCUUUUGUAGCAUUAUUACUGUACUUUCGGUCCUUUACUAUUCAGUCUCAGUGUUAUACUUUAGAUAGCAGCAUUGAUUUUUUUUUAACAUAUAUGUACGUUGCUGCAACCUGCAAUAGCUCUACUAAUCUUGUGUCUUUAUUUUCUGUGCGAGUGUGUGCGUGAGCUUUAACGUGUAGCUGAAUGUCUGUCUGCGUAGGACGAAGUAUUUGCACAUCUGUUGCGCAUCUUUUUCAUUGGUGUGCCUCUGUGAAAGAAACCCAUGCACAGGAGAAUGAGAGUUUGUAAGUGUGAGUGUUAUGUGCAUGAUUGCCUGUAGGGAGCGUCUGGAAACUAACUACUUUUGAUACUGUUGAUGUGAUCAUUGCUGUUCAUCAAACCAUUUCUCAAAGGUUUAUUUAUGUCGCUUUAAGAAUCAUUGCUUCAUAUUUGCACAGCUCUAAUCAAGGUGCAGCAUCAGUGUCCUUAAAAGUAGAUUAAGAUUAAACGUUUAGUCAAAAGAUAAGCUUUAUAGAACGAGAUAAAGUGUUGCCCGGUCCAGUCUAACAUGGACAGUGCCUUAUUCAUGUUUAGAAACGCAGGUUGUGAUUUCAUUUAGUCAUAUGUUCGCCAUUGUUACAAAUGUAUCAUUGGAAUGAAUCUGUCUUCAAAGUGCCUUUCAAAAUUAGUUGCAAAGUUUUCAAAGUGUACAGCAGAUUCAAUGGUAACAGUUCUUUGAGUAACGGGCAUAUGUGUCUGUUGCAUUUCCUACUUGUGUUUAUUCCGAUCAAGGUGGUGCUAUGAAGCUUUCAUGUUCUCCACUCGUUAUAAAUUUAUACAUUUCCAAAAUGCCCAUCACAGACCUGUAUGUUUCAAUAAAGUUUCUAAACAAAUUCA